AUAAUCGCCCUGCCCCGUCCCAAGGCUGCUGGUAAUAACGCAGACAGAUGGAUAUCAUGUGGGACACACCAGCAGGUAUUCAUCUCGCCGUGGAACGCAGAAGAGAAAGACAGGGAGCCACUGGCUGUAUUGAUGCUGACAUCACCUCACCACCUCAAAUCAUUUUCCAGUCUUCCUCCCCGGAUCCUGGAUCCCCCGCCCCUGCACCCUGGUUCCUGGCCAUUAAUAAAUCUGUCCGUCUCCCCGUCCCAGCUAUUUGAAGCUGAGGAGCCCCGCACUUUCACAUACACAGACCGCUCGCAGCGUUGCAUCUGUCUGCCACGGCGUGUGCACCACUAAAAGAGAGAGAGAGAGUACGGGCGAGCGAGCCAGCGAGGAGAGGGAGAGAGAACGGGAGAAGGGAGAAGGGAAAAGCGAGCAAUCGAGAGAAAAAGGGGGAAAGAGACGCCGAGUGCAUGAGAGCAAGACAAAGCAAUGAAAUUCAUCGGUGCCGUAUACCUCUUGUUCCUCCUCCCAGCUUUAAGCUUCAACAGCAGCUAUGAGGGGCUGGAAAAGAAGCUGAAGGAGGUUUUCACAGAGAGGACAGGAAUUUUACGACAACUCUCCAAAACAUCAAAAGAGCUGGACAGCAUAAAGGGGAACCUGCAGUCUCUUAAGAAUGAUGAUGCUGUGCCAAAGAAAGAUGUUCAGAGGAUCCUGGAGCUCAGUCACAAGCAAAGGGAUGAGAUGAAGUCACUCCAGGCAGCUCUGCAGAAACAACUGGAUGAUGCAGCUGAACGUGCAGAGAAACAGCAGGCUACCAUAAAGUUCUUAAAGAUGGAGAUGGAAAAGAAGACCAAAAUCAUCAAAGACCUUCAGCAAGAGAAUAAAAGCCUGAAGAACAAACUUCUGUCCGGGAACAAGCUCUGUGACAUACAUGCAGAGGAAUCCAAAAAAAUCCAAUCCCAACUGAAAGAGCUGAGGUAUGGCAAAAAGGAUUUAAUUUUUAAGGGUCAGCAACUGAUGGACUUGGAGAAUAAACUCAAAGUGGCCAAAGAUGAACUGGAGAAGGCAGCGCUGGAUAAGGAGUCACAGCUGAAAGCCCUGAAGGACACCGUGCAUAUUUGCUUCUCGUCUGUCCUUCACAGCCAGACAGGAAGUUUACACAGAUUUCCAGCCACACCAACCAACCUUUUGAGGUACUCUGCCCUGGCCAACAAUUCAAGAGUCACCUUUCAGCAGCCGCAUGCAAAGGACAUCCCGAAAGUUCCCCGGAUCACAACAACAAGUAAAUUGCCUGUGAGCAGUGCGGUAAUGAGGAGAGAGAGCACAGGACCGAAAGACUGCCAGAUGGUGAAGGUGGGAGCAGACUGUUCCUACAAUCAGACCGAGAGUUCAUCUGAGAUGAAAAAGACAUUUGGACACAGUCAAGCGAAGACCCCAGAGCAGAUCGGACAAGGCCAAGCAAGGACAGCAGAGGAAAGUGUGAAAACAGACGGAGACAUAAAAAAGACACAAAUGGACAAACACAACUGAAGGGACAUUGGAAGAAUUGGCAGAUUUUCUGCAUGGUAAAAAUGAUGUCAGAUCUGUUUAGGCCCCUCUUUAUUCACUGAGCUUAUAAGCACACACACACACACACACACAAACACAUACACUGUAGGCAAACACAAAUAACGACAGACACUAAAACAAAAUACUCAGUCUAACACUGCUAAUGUAGAAAAGGAAAUUCCCAACAUUCGAUUUUGAACUUUCUUAAUAAAAACCAACCGCAUAGUAUGGCAUGCAUUAUAGAGUUUUAGAUAUUGAUUUUACAAGGUUACGAUGGUACUGGUUGUUUUUAAUAACUGUUACUUUUUUGUUCUCUAUCUAUUUUGAUUCUAUUUUUCUCCCAAAGUGAGGACACAGUGUUCUUUGAUUUGUGUUGUUUGUAAUUAAAAGCUAUUUCUGGCACCUCAGACCAGAAUUUCAGUGUUAAAGGUCACGCUGGGGGCCAUUUGAGUUCUGUAAAUUUACACGAGGUCAAAUUCUAACUUUUUUCUGAGCAGCUUCUGAAAAUACUGAGCCAUGUCCUGAAUUCAAAAUAGGGCUGCACGAUUUUAGGAAACAAAAAGGAAUUGUGAUAUCAGAUAAAAAGUGAUUGCAUUUUAAAACUUUUUUUUUUUUUUUGCUAAAUAAUAAAUAUAUUAAACUGAGUAAGAAAUAUUACUAUAGUAAUUACUAUAGUGAUAAUUCACUGUAGAAUAAAAAUAAUAAUACAUAUUAUUAAUUAACAUUUUACAGUACAAUUGUAAAAUUACAAUAAUAAUACUUAAAUCUUAUUAUUUUAUUUAUUUUUUACAAACUUCAAAACAUCAAGCUUUUAUUUUGGCAGCACAUGUGUAAGUUAAUUAAAACCCAAUACCACUUCACUCUAAAAACACAUAGUGCACAUAUUUAUUUCAAUCAUCUGCAGUCUUUGCGAUUUGAUAAUCAUACUAAGUCAUGUCGCGAUUUCGGUUUUAUUCCAUUUAAUUGUGCAGCCCUAACUGAAAUAAAAUCAAUCCCAACUCUGCUAAAAUUACGAAAAGGAACUGUUUAACGCAGCUAAAAUGUGAAGGUACGGUUUGUCUCGUGUUGUAGCAAAGAUUAAUUUACUCCUCCUACUUCAUAUUACGAGGCUCAAGUUGGCUGGCCAACUAUCACUGUUGAAUAUUUCGGAGCUUUUGGUGCCAGAAUUAAAGAGAAAAACUCGACUCACAGUGAGUCGUCUCCCUAAGAAUGAUGUGCCAUGCACCGAGUACUUAAUCUACUGCUACAUCUCUCUGUUUCUCUACCUUCUUGUGUCCUUUACAAUAAACCGUGAUUUUCGCUAAAUGUGUGAAGAAUAAAUGGUUAUUUGUGGAGUAAAAAAACCCA